CUGUCAUUGAGUGAGAUAGAAAUGUUCAGAGGCACAAAGACAGACUCAACCUUAAGACAACAUGAAGGCUUCGUCCGUCUCUCUGAUCCUCGGCCUGGCUGUGCUGCUGUUUGGACCGACUGUUUCUGCAGCCUCUCUGGAUGCCCGUCCCAACCGUCAGCUGUACUUUACACGAGAGUCUGUCUCUCUGAGUUGUGUUGAAGAUGGACAGACACUUGACGGAUGGACGGUGAAGAGGACAGCGGGAGGACGGACACAGACAUGUGGUGGAGGUCAAGAAGACUUUGGGAGUAUCGUUGGUUCCUCCUGCAUUGUUCCACAACUCUCCUUACCAGACAGUGGAGUUUACUGGUGUGAAUCCAGAGCUGGACAGAGGAGCGUCCAGGUCAACAUCAGUGUAACUGAUUAUUCUGUGAUGCUGGAGUUGCCCAAACUUCCUGUGUUUAUGGGAAGUGAUGUCACUCUGCGCUGUAGAACCAGAGAUGGUUCCACACAAACAGCAUAUUUCCACAAGAAUGACAGCUACAUUGGAUACGGAGAUGCAGGAGAGUUUACCAUCAGUGAUGUGCAGCAGUCUGAUGAAGGCUUCUACCGGUGUUCCACUGGUCUGUUCUCAUGGUCAGCGAGGAGAUGGCUGAGUGUCACAGAUUCUCCUCCUCCUUCUCCUCCUCCUCCUCCUUCUCCUCCUCCUCCUCCUCCUUCUCUGUCUGUGAUCAGGCUGCUCUGCCAUCUAGUGGUCGCCUUUCCGUACUGCAUUUCCACUGUUCUAAUGGUGUCUGUCUGCUGUGGCAAGAGGACAGGAAACAAACCAGCCGUCUCCAAGGAACUGGACCCCCGAGCUGAAGGCGGUCAGGGACUGGCUGAAGAGGAUGAUUAUGUCUGAGCAUGAUUUCUGACCUGAGGAUGUGUGUGUGUGUGUGUGUGUGUGUGUGUGUGUGUGUGUGUGUGUGUGUGUGUGUGUCACUCCUUCACAUGACUCUGAUUUGAACAAGCUCACAGUAAGAAUGCUAACAUGCUAAUGUUUAGCAGGUAUGAUGUUUACCAUGUUCACCAUCUCAAGCCCCUUUUACACUGCCUGUUCAAGACGGGAAUAUCACACCGUUAUACCGCCUCACCAUGCUGUAAAUAAGGUACCAUCUCGGAAUGUGUAAAAAAAUCUGUGUAAAAAUGCAAAGGUGGCAUAAAGAAGGGACUUUAGCGCAAUCUCUGUGUAAAAAGGCCUUUAGCAUAGCAUGUUAGCAUGCUAACAUUUGCUAAUCAACACUAAACUCAAGGUGCAGGUUGAUGAGAAUGUUAUUAGUAAGUGCUAGAUGAAGAGUCAGAGCAGCGGAGUCAUGCAGAUUCAUCCUCUGCAGAUGAUGAAUGUCUGGACUGAAGUGUUGAAAGCUCAGUAAGAAGCUAGUAAGAGGUCCUUGAGUUGAGAUCAUUUUGUCAAAAAAGCUGCAUGUACUUUAAUAAA